CGCACCACCGCCUACCUGCGCCCGGGACACCGAUGUCCUGCGCCGGGUCCGCCCGAUGGGUUAAGGUUGCCGAGGAGGCGGGGGGGCGGCGCGGCGACACGGCAGUGGGCGCCGACUUCUGAAGGCCGCCGUCGGGCGAGGUGUCCUCAUGACUUCUCUUGUGGACCAUGUCCAUGAUCUUUUUUGCCAGUGUGGUACGGGUGAGGGAUGGACUGCCCCUCUCGGCCUCUACUGACUUUUACCACACCCAAGAUUUUCUGGAAUGCAGGAGACGGCUCAAGACUUUAGCCUUGCGACUGGCCCAGUAUCCAGGUCGAGGCUCUGCAGAAAGCUGUGACUUUAGUAUACAUUUUUCUUCUUCUGGGGACGUGGCCUGCAUGGCUAUCUGCUCCCGCCAGUGUCCAGCAGCCAUGGCCUUCUGCUUCCUGGAGACCCUGUGGUGGGAAUUCACAGCUUCCUAUGACACCACCUGCAUUGGCCUCGCCUCCAGGCCCUAUGCUUUUCUCGAGUUUGACAGUGUCAUUCAGAAAAUGAAGUGGCAUUUUAACUAUGUGAGUUCCUCUCAGAUGAAGAGCAGCUUGGAGAAAAUUCAGGAGGAGCUUGAGUUCCAGCCUCCAGUGGUUCUUACUGUGGAGGACACAGAUAUGGCAAAUGGCAUGAUGAAUGGUCACAUACCAAUGCACUCAGAGCCUGCUCCUAAUUUCCGAAUGGAGCCAGUGACGGCCCUGGGGAUUCUCUCCCUUGUCCUCAACAUUAUGUGUGCUGCUCUGAACCUCAUUCGUGGUGUUCACCUUGCAGAACAUUCUUUACAGGUUGCCCGUGAGGAAAUUGGAAACAUUCUGGCUUUUCUUAUUCCUUUCGUAGCCUGUAUUUUCCAGUGUUAUUUGUACCUGUUCUACAGUCCAGCCAGGACUAUGAAGGUGGUGCUGAUGCUGUUCUUUAUUUGCCUGGGCAAUGUGUACCUGCACGGGCUGAGGAACCUCUGGCAGAUCCUUUUCCAUAUAGGAGUGGCUUUUCUGUCUUCAUACCAGAUACUGACAAGGCAGCUUCAGGAGAAGCAGUCUGACUGUGGAGUGUGAGGACACCAUGUGAUGAUGGAUGGAUCCUUUGAUUUUCUUUUGAAGGUCAAUCUGUGUUUCCCUUCCUGCUUCUCUACUUCACCUCAAGUUUCCAUGCUUGACGAUCCUUUCAACUAAACUGGACUGAAAAACUGAGAUUGGGGAUUACUAACAGGUGCAGUGGAAGUCAUGAGAUCACUGAAUACCCACCUGGUCUUGGUCGUGUGCCAAGCAUCAUUGUAGAACCUCCAGUUGAGCACGUUUACUUAGGACAGCAGAAUGUGAGGGUUCACUCAGAAGGAGAAUUAUUGGAAGAUCAGAAUGGAAACAUUUUGGUCCUUUAAACUGAAUAUUACCCAAACCACUAGAUUCAAUAAUAUUAGUUUUAGAAAUUGGCAGUUGUCUCCAGGGAACUACUUUAAAAUCUAAAUCAGCAUAAAUGGGCCUUGGUUAGUUUUUUAUAGAGGGUCAGUACAGGGUGAAUUAAAAACUUAAACAUAUAGUUCAUGGAUAUAAGCUAGGUAAAUUUUGUUUACAUUUUUGAUAACUUAGGUUCGAUAUACCAUUGAAAUAUUUAAAUAUAUUUUGGAUAUAAAUUGAACUUAAUUUAGAGUGAAGACAAAUGUAAGCUGAGAAAAUCGUUAGGAAAUCUGACUUUACUUAAUUUAUUGAUAACCUUUGUGGUGGGAUUGUGGGGACAGAAAUGUAUAUUUAUCUGCAGGGUAUAUCAGAAUAUUUAAAAAAUAAUUGCUUAAUCAAUACUGUUGAAUCGAGCGGACCUGAGAAUUUCUGGAUACCUGACAAUUGAGCACAAAGUGGAGUAGGCAAAUGAUGUGGAUUCAGACACUGACCAGGCACAAUUGGCAGAAGUUGCUGCCAUCAGCCUUUGAAAUAGUAGCUGAGUGCCUGUCAUUUUAAUGGUGAUCCUGUGUGCCUCUUCCCAAAGGCCCCCAAAUUAAUUACUCCUCUACACCUUUCCUGAUGAUCUUACUAGGAUCAAGAGUCUCAUUUUUUUUUUAUUAGUAGGAAUUAAAUAGAUGUUAACUUUUCAAAUUAUCAAGAUACAGUUGAUACAUGCUCUAGAAAGUUUAUUUCAUUGUCAAAAAAUUGGUCAUCGUUUUCCUAAGUAUGGCUCUGAAUAAGAUCCCUCAGGUCUCCAGAAAUUUCAGCCUCGGUUGUCAGGCUCAAAUGGCCCAGGAGGUCAUUUGGGGAGUUUGCUCUUUGGUUGUUUUGGUAGUAGUCUGGAAUCUGAAUAGCUUGACCACAAUUGUUUGGAAUACUUUGGGUUGAAUUAUGUAACUUGAUAAGGUAAAAUUCUAUUUUAAUAGUUUUUUAAAGUAGCAAACCAUUGUGAGAGUGAUUGAAUUGGUGGGGAAGCAAGAAUGUAGUUUUAGAGAAUUUAGUUGCAUUUGGUUAUUAUUGUAUUGUUAUUGAGCUACCUUGGUAUCAUUUUAAGAAACACAAGUUUAUAUGACGCUUAACUGGAUUGGGAAAAUGUUGCCAUAGAAACUUUAUUUUCUUAUAAUAGAAUUUUCUAUUUUUAACCAAAUACAAAAUAUCUGGAUAUGAAAAGUAUAUGGGCAGCAUCCUCAGACAAAAACUUCAAGGUUGUCUCUCCAUUGACUGCAUCUUCAAAAUUUCUACAUACCUGGCAAAUGAAUUUUCAGUUUUCCUGGGAGAAAAUUUUGAAGAAGCAAUAAGAUAGAAUUGGAGGUCUUUUUAAAUUAAAAUUAAAACAUACACACACAGAGCUUUAAAAGUUGAUAAACAGCUUUAAAAUAUAUUGUUUUUGAGCCUUUUUGAUGUUGGUGUUGCUGUGUAGCCUGCACCCCACGUGUUUUGGGUCUGAGCCUGUGACCUACAUUUAGCAAGCAAUAAAGAAGCAGUCCCUGAAGAUGAGCCCUUGCUGGUAAAGCUCCCUGCCCUCCCACCAGGGGAGACAUUAUGUACACUUGGUUGAGUGUGGUCUUAAUCAGGUAAAGUCUAGACAGGGUUUGAGAUUUAUUUUUGUAAACAGAAGGAAAAAGAUGUACUAGAAGAACAGUAUAAAUAAUGACCACAAAAACAUUUUUUAACAGAAAUCCAGCUAAAAGAUACCUGCUGGAGGAAGAGACUAAUGAUAGAAAAGAAGUCUGCUGAUUUCCUCCAAGGGAGAUUGCAGGAUUGGGGUUGACUUGGUUCAGAUUUAGAGCUUUAUAGCGCCUUGUGUGAUGCUGAUGACAAAAAGCUGGUUCCAUGUCCCAGAAGUUUCCUUACCAUGGACCCACUGCUGUUCUGGCACCUUCGUUGUCCCAGUGCUCGAUGCUACCUGCCUAACCAACUCAUGGGGCCAGAUCUGGGGACAGAGGAAGCAGUGCUGAAAGCAAAACCUUAAAGGUGCCUUCUGGGACCAGAUGCUGUGAGAGCUUGAGCUUCAGAGAGUGUUACUUUCCUCUGCUGCGUCAGGGCAGGAGUGUGGCUCAGUGCUCGUAGGCAGGAAACAGAAGAUUCUGGUUUACUCUUCCCAUGGUUAGCUGAGAACUUUACCUGGCUUUCCUUUUCCAGGGUGGAGACAACUGGGGCUCGUUUGGGGUGGCAUUCUCUCUCAGUAUUAGAGGCUCCACUGCUUGUAGUGGGAGCAAUGUGACCAGGGACUCCUGACUUUGCCUCUUGGGAGUGCACCCCUGUUAUUUGUGAACUCUGUUGACAUGCACUUGGGAACAUAGCCCAACAUAUUCAAGUUACUUAAGGGAUGGGGGAAAGGGUUUCUGGAGGAAUGCUGAAAUGAAAGCAGUUAGUCAUUUCAGUAGGCCUCACCCUUGAACUUCUCUGUUCUUUCUUAGGUGCCCUGAUUCUCCAACUCCCCUGCCUUCUUCCAUCUCUGCCUGCUAACUCCAGACUUGGAGAUAGAGGCAGAAACUGGAGUCUCUGAAGGGAUAGGAAAGCCCCUGAAUUGUAAUUGAGAGGGUAGUCAGAGGGGCUUCAUAGUGGGAACAGACUGCAUUGAGGCCCAGCCCUCAGCCUGCUUGGGAGUCAGACCUCAGGGAGGGUUAGCACUUUGGUGGUUAGCCCUGCUCAGAGUCAAAGAUGACCACCAGCACACCACAAACGACAGGCUGUUUGGGUCAGAUGAAGCAGAGAAACAGGUAGGAGAGCGGAACCAAGGACUCUCUUGUCUGCUGGAAGAUAACAGCAACCCCUUGGCAUGCAGUGGGUGCAUGUUACACCUUCAUCCAGGGAUGCCAUUUUCUGCUCCCUGACUAGGAGUUGACUGCUCAUAACACACAGGACAGUGGCUCUCAGAAAAUCUGCUAUAUGCACAAUGCAGCGCGAGUGAGGACAGGGAUGGGAGUGAUUACUGCAAUCAGAUGUGCCCAGCAAACCCUGCUCAUCCAUUGCUCAUAUUCCAGAAUCCCAGGCAGAAUCCUGCCCAGG